AUGGCUGUUCUUGAACCCUUCAGAGGCAACUAUUAUCUAUGGAAAUACCUUCCAUCCGUCCCAGCAGCUAUUAUCUUCUGUAUCAUCUUUCUCACGACCACAUUUGCAUACAUGUGGAAGAUUUGGAAAACUCGCGCCUGGUUCUGCAUCCCGAUGGCUAUUGGCGGCUACAUGGAAUUCCUCGGCUACGUCUUCCGCGCCGUGGCCCACAACAAAACCGGCAAACUCAUGCCCUUCGUCACCUCGCAGAACAACAUCCUCCUCGCGCCCGUCCUCUUCGCCGCGUCCAUCUACAUGACGCUCGGCCGCGUGAUCCGCAUCGUCAACGGCGAGCAGCACGCCAUCAUCCGGCCCUCGCGGCUGACCAAGGUCUUCGUCGCGGGCGACGUCCUCGCGCUCGCGAUCCAGGGCUCCGCCGCCGGCCUGAUGGUCGUCAGCGAGUACGCCAAGAUCGCGCAGGGCAUCGUCGUCGCGGGGCUCGUCUUCCACAUCUGCGUGUUCGGCGUGUUCUGGACGACGGCGUGGACGUUCCACUCGCGCAUGAAGAAGGACCCGGGCUAUCACGAGAUCGGGCCGGACGUCAAAUGGGAGCAGGCGCUGCGCAUGCUGUACGGGGCGAGCGGGCUGAUUAUGGCGCGAUCGGUCUUUCGGAUUAUUGAGUUUGUGAUGGGGAAUGAUGGGUAUUUGUUGAGCAAUGAGUGGCCGCUGUAUAUCUUUGACUCGAUGCCGAUGUUUGCGGUGAUGGGGACCUUUUGGUACUGGUUCCCAUCUUCUGUGGGUAGGAAGGGCGACUGGGUGCCAACUUCAUCGGCGAAUGACUUGGUUUCUGGUAUGGAGAGUGUGGAGUUGAGAAACAGCGUGAAGGUUUAG